GGCUCCGAUCUCGACUUCCGAAUCACUCUGCGUCACUAAACUUAUUGUCGAUACCACAAUCGCUCUACAAAAUGGCUUCUGUUAUGGCUAUAGGUGCUGGCGCUGCCGUCGCGGCCUUUUUGGGCCGAGCUGGUCUUGUCGCAUGGAGGCGAUCCCGAGGCGGCGUUGGAGCCAUGGGCAAGGCUUUCUACAAGGGCGGUUUCGAGCCCAAGAUGACCAAGAAGGAGGCUACUCUCAUCCUGUCUCUCAACGAGCGAGCUGUUACCAAGGAUAAGGUCCGAAAGGCUCACCGAACUCUCAUGCUUCUUAACCAUCCCGAUCGAGGCGGCAGCCCCUACCUUGCGACCAAAGUAAACGAGGCCAAAGAGUUCUUGGACAAAAACAGUUAAUUACGAUCAUGAAAACUACUCCCCCAAGUCCAGUAUUCGAGUCACGAACCAGUUACCAAGGAUGUUAUCAGAAUCAUCAAUGACUGGGUCUAAGCAUGGGCGUCUGGCCGCGUGUGUAUAUUGUACACUACUUGUUUCCAUAGCGAUGGCGUUU